AUGACAACCAUCAGAGCAUUAGAAUUUUUUAGCGGGAUCGGAGGACUACAUUUUGGGUUCAAUGCGAGUGGUGCUAAAGGCGAGGUCUUGGAUAGCUUCGACAUGAAUCAGCAGGCUAAUGAUACAUAUCUAUUAAGUUUUGGCAAAAAACCUGUAUCGAGAGGAAUUGAUCGAUUAAUGGUCAAGGACAUUGAAAAAUAUAACGCAAAUUGCUGGCUAAUGAGUCCACCAUGUCAGCCGUACACACGGGGAGGAAAGUUACUUGAUGAUCAAGACAAUCGGGCGAAGCCUUUAUUACAUCUCUUGGAUCAGCUUGAAAGGAUGUCAUCACCACCAACGUAUGUUUUCCUAGAAAAUGUCAAGAACUUCGAGGUUUCCCGUUCCCGAGAAAGACUUGUCCGUCUACUUAAUAAAAUGGGCUAUGUUUUUCGAGAAUGUCUUUUAGCACCUUACAAUUUCGGAGUCCCUAACGAUCGGCUUCGCUACUUUUUGAUGGCCAGGCUACGUUCGAGCUUCAAACAAGACACAACAAUAGUUCCCACAGGCUCUAUCGCUAUUACUACUACCACUAUUACUACUACCACUACUGCUACUACUACUACUGCUGCUGCUGCUGCUACUUCUUCGUCUACCGCGCCCGAAUCUUUGGUAGGAGAUGUAUUUGAUCCAGAAAAGGAGUUAAUUUAUACAACGUGGCCAUUCCCAGCAUUUGUUGAGGAUCCGAAGACACCAGUACAGCAACACUCAUUCAAAUUGCCAGAGUUACGACAUUUCCUGGAUAAGGAUGAAACCCACGUGAAGGACUAUCUACUCUCUAAACAAUUGAUUCUUGAACGCCCAAACUUUCGUUUCGAUAUCCUUCGACCAUCGUCAAAUAGAUCGUCUUGCUUCACAAAGGCUUAUGGAGGCCAUCAUGUGGCUAGCGGUGGUGGUCUUUUGCAAACACUUAAAAUGGAACAGGAGGAUUAUGACUUUGGCAAUUCCGAAUCGAUUGCGGAACUCGGUCUCCGGUUCUUUUCUCCAACAGAGGUAGCACGACUACACGUCUUUCCUUUAAAAGAAGAGCAUGAGUACGGGCUAGAUGGCGAUAGCAACAGCAACAGUAACAACCAUAACAAAACCAACGGCAGCAGCACUUCUGAAAAUGAUAAAGAUGCAGAUUCUAUACAAACAACACAAGUACACCCAAACUCACAGCAAACUGUGACGACCGUCCGACCAUUCGAUCCUCAACUGGCACGUAAACCCGAGGGACCAUUUUUACAGUUUCCACACAAGUUGAAAGCGUUACAACGGUAUAAACUGCUCGGGAAUAGCCUGAAUGUCUGGGUGGUGGCCGAGUUACUUCGAGGCAUCCUUUUCGCAGACCAUCCAGGGACUCCUCUGCCAGUAUAUCGUACUAGUGAUGAAAGCAGUAAACCACUUGAAAGUACUUCCAAGCACAGCAUCGAUAAGCAUUCAGAGUCAAUAGAGUCCGAGCAAAACACUGUCGAGGACGAAGCCAGAAAUCCCAAACGACUUAAAACUCAAACAGCCUGAAGACCAACAAAAAUUCACGUAGAAAGUCAAGACAACAUUCAUAAUUCUUUUUUAACUUUUAAUGGUAAAAUUACAAGUGGUAGUUUAUUAAUAAAGAUGGAGG